AUGCCUCCCCGAAGCUCCCUGACCGGCUCCUUCUCGGUCACCGACGCCAAUAAUGAGGUGGUGUGUCCCUUGAAGAACAACGACGGCUCCAAUUGUCGCAAGCGAUGUCUAGGAGAAAAGCGCUAUCGAUCCAUGCAAGAGCACAUUCGACGUGCGCACCCGAAUCAUUACAUCCCGAAGCUCCCGGCUACCGAAGAGAGCUUCCUGCUAAUGGUCACCACCCCUCCCGAACAACAAGUGGAGCGGGACAUCUACGUUCGGGACGCGAGCUCCCCGGCCACUCCUCGAGCUCUGGACGAACCCCACCAAUCCGCAGCUACGGCGGCUGUUGCUCUGGCAGAGCUGCACCACCAUCGGCUCGCUUCGGACUGGGAUACCGAUAUGGAUACUCAUUCCGAUACCGACGUGACCCGACCGGGCAUGCGCUCGUCGAUUGAAUUACCCUCUCUGCGCGACCAUUUCAAACAGGAAUCUCUGGCGCCAUUUUCUUCAUCUCGCCCGCGGGAGCUUCUGCCAUCUAUCUUAAAUCACUCCCCACCCGGUCGCUCAUCCACUCUGCCUCCCAUCCAGCGGAAAGACAAGGUUUCCCGCCCACGCAAGUCGUCCAUCUCGCAGUCGGCGCGGAAACCAAAGCAUGAGCGGCCGCGAUCGAAGGAUUUUGGCCGGCGACCGAGCUUGGGCGAUCGCAAGGCACUCUCCGCAGAGCCGCAAACAGCUGCCUGGGCGCAGGGCAAGCGCUGGGAGGACCUCAUUGAAGCAGCGACCUCGGCUACCGAAGUAGAUGAUGAGCGACAUUCGGAGGUGAGCUUUGUGUCCACAAUUCCCCUGUAA